GACACCGGCGAUUGAGGAACGAACGAUUGACUUUAUCGUAAGGGGGUAAACGCUUCUCAUGGCGGUAUGAAUAAUUGACGAAAUAUUGAUUUAUAUGAGUCGAAAAUUAUAUUUUAGCGGAAAGUAUUUUGCAAUUACUAAAACUAACGAUUUAUAAUCCCAAAUUGAGUUGAAAUAAUAGUUUUAUCAAUUUGAUUCUACUUUUUACCCCCCUACAAGUUUGGAGAUCGAAGAUUUCGUCUGUUAAUGAACAAUGUAGUUCCCGUCAGCUUUCCUGCUGCGGUCUCUUUCUCAGGAUCCAAAGUUUGACUCUCCACCCCCUCCCUUUAUUAUGAUCAGCAUGCACUGAAGAAUUAUGACGGUCAUAUUUCUCAUGGCAAGCCCGUGGAAAAGUCAUUUAUCCAUCGGUGAGUAGAAGGAACUUGAACAGAUCUGACGGGAAAAGAGGACGUCCGCGUUGAGCUAACUCAGCACAUUUGGAAGAUCGCGCUCGGAACUAAAUCCGGUGAGUCAGAGGAGAAAAGGUGAGGGUUGGCCAUGGAGGCUCUCUGGAUGAAUUGCGUGAUCCUGACGGUCACAGCAACAUGGACGGGUGUAUGCGCAACACACGCUAAGCAAACAAGAUGGCCUUUAUAUUCCCAGACACCAGUUCUCCAGGUUUGGAAUGCUGCCACUCAGGACUGUUUCCCGAGGCACGGUGUCACUUUACCUUUGGACCAGUUUGACAUUGUGGCCUCGCCCAACGAGGGCUUUGUCCGACAAAACCUGACCAUAUUCUACAAGGAGCGCCUCGGCCUUUACCCUUAUUACGAUCAUGAUGGCACUGCGGUUAACAAGGGCCUUCCGCAGCUUGCCAGCCUGGUUGAACACUAUGAAAAGAUGCCAGAAGGUGUGCAGAAAUACAUCCGGGAACCAGAGGCCAAAGGUUUGGCUGUUAUCGACUGGGAAGAGUGGCGCCCGCUGUGGAUCAGGAAUUGGGAAUCUAAAGACAUCUAUCGAAGUAAAUCGCGGGAAAUGGUUCUGAAGAAGAACCCAACAUGGAGCCAGGAGCAAGCUGCAAAAGUGGCCAAGCAGGAGUUUGAGCUGUCGGCUCGUAAAUUCAUGCUGGAGACGCUGAAACUUGCAAAGAAUUUGAGGCCCAAUCAAGUGUGGGGCUUCUACUUGUUCCCGGAUUGCUACAACCACGACUACAGGAAUGGUCUGAAGAACUACACGGGUCGCUGCCCCGAGUUGGAGAUGGCCCGUAACGACCAGCUCAACUGGCUGUGGAUGGAGUGCACGGCGCUCUUCCCUUCCAUAUACAUGGGGUCCGUGCUGCGCUCCACACGUUAUGGCCGCCUUUUUGUGCGCAACAGGGUGAAGGAGGCCAUGCGCCUGGCAUCUGUUGGGGACGGAUUGGCGCGCCCGGUUUUCGUCUACACCCGCCCCACGUACAUCAAUCAGAUGGAUCUCCUCACUGAGACAGAUCUGGUGUCCACCAUCGGUGAGAGCGUUGCACUGGGAGCGGCGGGAGUCAUCUUCUGGGGAGACUCGUCCUACUCGAGCGAGAGCGGCUGCUUGACCCUUAAAGACUAUCUCAACGGAGCGUUGGGCCGCUACCUGCUCAACGUGUCCACGGCGGCCGAAGAGUGCAGUCGCACACGCUGCAACCUGCACGGCCGCUGCCUGCGCAGUCAUCCCGACGACGACACGUACUUGCACCUCAGCCCGUCCGCGCACAGCAUCACUCGGCAGAACGGCCGCCUGAAGGUGAGCGGAAAGCCCGGUCAGGCCGAGCUGGCGGUUUUCCGUCAACACUUCCAGUGCCAGUGCUACACUGGUUACCAGGGGGAAGCCUGUGCUCUGAGAGCCAAAGGGCAGAAUAAAGCCCCCUCUGUUCUAGGAAUAUGGCCGCUUUGCAUUUUACUCCCGCUUGGACUCCUCAUUCUGUUACAGUGAGGAAAAGAAGCAACUUCAAAUGAUUCUAGUUGGGCUGUUUGACAUGAAGUCACUCCAAGUUCCUGAACAAUACAAAUACUGCUGAAUCACUCGCCGAUGACUUAUCUUGUACAUGAGCCAGAUUUUCCAAAUGUGGUCUUAUUUUUCAUGCCCCCUCCCGAGCAUCUUUCCAACAGAAUAAUGCGAGUGUGAGUCAAGCUUCACGAGAAGCUCUCCAAAUGCUCGACCACAUUCUCCAGCCAAAUGCUCAUAACGUUGUUUGAAAUUCAUACAUUUCUCUCAGGCCGCAUGCACCAUGCUGUCCUUGACCUCCAGAUGGUGAUACGUACUCUCUGUCUCGACCGCAGUGUCUUCGUUUUCUACAGUACAUUUCAAUUUGUUGCUUAAUCACUUUGACUUUGUCUAAAACAAUUUAUUAUGCCAGAAGGUGCCGAAUUAUUACAAAUCAUACUAUGCAGCAUAGAAUAUUUUCAACAUUUCAGAGAACACAUCUGCAUUAUCAUUUUGUCCUUUAUGGUAACAUGACACUCCCUCCCAUUCCGCAGCCCCCACCCCGCAAUCUUUUCGCCUCCAACUUAUUUUCCUGCUAGUCAACAUGAGUAAUAGUUCUAAAAAAAAAAAAAAGAAAUCUUUAUAUCUACCUUUGUUUGGCGGGAAGAAAACAAAUGCUUGACCAUGACAUGGCUGUAGGUGCUUUUUAUUAAUAAUAGGAAAUAAUGUGGCUGGGCCUGAACUGUUGUAUUUGAGAAGUGUGAUGUUGCAGUCGAGUUUCUUUGUUUACAGAUGCCAUUCGAGUUUUCAAUGCAGUGUUCAUCUCAGCCUUGUAUUAAAGGUUAUGAAGCUAUUCAAUGAUGAAUAUAUAUAUAUAUAUAUAUAUAUAUAUAUAUAUAUAUAUAUAUAUAUAUAUAUAUAUAUAUAUAUAUAUACACACACACACACACACACAAGUUCUGGAUUUGUUCGUGAUGUCAAUGGGCAAAGAGUCUUUAGUCGCCUAAAUGCGUUAGGAGCGAACGGAAUAUCUCAAAUGCUAUUAUGGAACAAAAUGUUUACAAUGAUUUAUGGAAUGCUGCACUUUAACACAUUUUCUGUUGAACAAGAGGCUGCUGUGUAAAGUUUGUACAGGGACGACAAACAGUGCAUUGUGUACGGCCUUUUCAUUUAGUAUUUACAUUGUUUUGGGGGAGUGUUUGCAAGUUGUGUUUUCCUCACAUACUUCGAUGUCAGUGUUUGGAACCAAACCAGAAAAAAAAAACCAGGCUUGAUUGAUUACAUGUUUUUAAUUUAGUAUUUAAUGUUCUCAUUUGAUCUUUUUUUUUUUUUUUUUUACAUUAAAACGCAUCUGAAUGUGA